AUGAGUACCAACACAAAUGAAGUGGAGAUUGUUCCGGACGAUAAAGUUGUGAUUGAUUUGACAGGUGAAAAUGACACGUCAGCGAUCAACAUCGAUGGAACUGAGGGGAAUGUGACGGCACACCCUGUCGGGGAUAUUCCACAGCACGAAGUUUUGACAAACAACGCAAUCACAAUCUCAUCACAGGCAACGCAACAAUUUCCACUCAGAACCCACCCACAACGGAGACAAUUCUUACCAACAGUUAACAGAUUGUACAUGAGGCCAAGCUACGUCAGAAGGACAGACAGUGACGACGACGAUGAUGAUGUGGCAUAUGGCGGAACGACACAGGAAAAUAGAGAGGAUUGGCAGAAGGAGAUUGAGAAAAUGAGAGGUGUGGACGAAGGACAGAACGGAAAAGAGCGGAAUAAAGAAGAGAGAGCAAAUAAGGUGGUUGAGGGGAUCGUCUGCCCGAUAUGCUACCAGACAACGAAAGAUGUCCAGACAACCAAGUGCGGACAUUUGUUUUGCUCGGAAUGCCUGGAGGUAUUACUCAACACCCAAGGAGUACAUUACUGUCCGAUCUGCAGAUCGAAGAUCAGUAAAAGCUCUUCGCACAAAAUAUUCCUGUGA